GGACAACACCAAUCCGCCCCUCGCUCGUGAAGCUACAGCAGAGCACAUCUUUGAGAAGAAUAAAUGUCUAUUUCUUCGCAUACCCCUUGAGAUUCAACAUCGCGUAUGCGCGUUAUUCUGCCGUCACUGCCUUGGCGCAACGUCUCCAGCGACGAUGAUAGCAGAAACCGCUGGGGUACCAUUCAAGACGCUCAAAGCUCUCUCUGAGACAUGUUGUGCAUUGAACAGCAUAGCGCAGCCUCUUCUUUACCACUACCCGGCUGUCAAAAUCUAUCAGAAGACUGUCAUGUUUACACCACAGCACAUCGAGGAAGAUUUUACAUACCUACGAGAUUUGGCUCGCAGGCUAUGCUUAGACAAUGGUGAAGAUCCCGAAUUUAACCAGUGCUUUGAGUGUAUAAAUACAUCAGGGGAUGGCGACGAUCAAGGCUUCACCAAGUCUAUGGCAAGAGCUGCGUUUCCGAGCCUACUAAUAGCACUACACUUUAUGCUUCUACCAAGUUAGAAUUUGCAAUGAUUGAUUUAGACGAUGGUAGAUUUCUCAUACGCGAUCGAUUGCUGGAAGAUGGUGGGCUCCUUUUACCAUAUCCCUACUUGCCAAAGUUUCCACCAAGCCGCAACAUUUUAACCACCUUCGCACCAUUGUCUUCCGAAAUACUUUUCAUUACAACCCAGAAGAUCUCGACCUGCAAAGAGUAGCCUUUUUAUUUACAGCUAUAACUAAUAUUCGUCGACUCUUUUUUCAAUUCGUUAGAGGCGAAAAGCCGGAAGGAUAUCGUGACCCUCACCCAACUCGACCCCGUGCUGAGCUACAAUGGUUAGCACUUCCGCAUAUUCAAGAAAUCUACUUUGACCCUUAUCUUCGUCCAAACGACCCUGCACCUCUCGACGGGAUUUUUAAGAUGCUUCAAUUAUGCACGGACCUGAGAAAAUUCACAUUUCGCCUGAAGUUUCCCGACAACUACGGGUCGAUGUGUUU